UAAACUUCAUUUUAAAGCAGAAGUUCAUUAACCGUCACUUUUAUUUAGCACUAGCUAGCGUUAAACACUCGUCAAAUAUAAUUGCUGUUCAAUUGAAUGGACUAGCUGUUUAAGGCGGCCGUCUGGAAAUAAACUAAUGAAGAAGAUGUGAAGUAAUGCGGACUCCAAACGGUUUAGCUGUUUUACUAUGAGCUCCCUGUCGGCCCAGCCUCAGGCUUCAAGCUCGUCAUGCAGGACGCUUCCAGGAGAGGGUAAUCAGAUGAAACCUAAAGCACCUCUUCUGCAGAUCUUGCGUGUGGCUGGAGCAAAGGAGGAUGUAUUCACUCUCAAAGAGGUGAUGCACUAUCUGGGUCAGUACAUCAUGGGGAGGCAGCUAUAUGACAAGCAACGGCAGCACAUAGUCCACUGCCAGGAUGAUCCUCUGGGGGAGCUUCUGGAAGUUGAAAGCUUCUCUGUCAAAAAUCCGAGCCCGGUGUAUGAAAUGCUGAAGAAGUACCUCAUUGUGCUUGGCUGUGAUGCUGCAGAGAAUCUUUCUGUGGGCCGUGAGUGUGUAGAUGGCGGAGUGGAGGAUCGUGGUCAGAUGUGUGAGAGUGUGGUUAAAGCAGGAGUGGCGGCCAGAAGCGAUGGGCCUCUUCUGCCGACCCCCUCUCAAAGACGACCUCGUGAUCCAGACGACGAGUCCCUGGACGGCCUCCCACGAUCAGCCUGCAAACGGCCCAAACUUGACGUCAGUCUGGAAGAGUGGGACCUCUCUGGUCUGCCCUGGUGGUUUCUGGGUAAUCUCCGUAACGACUACAGCCGCAGGAGCAAUGGCUCCACUGACAUCCAUACAAACCAACUUUCUCUUGCACAGGAGGAGGACACGGCCAUCGUUUCAGACACCACAGAGGACUUGUGGAUUCUGACAGAGGGAGAGAGCGAACAGGUUAGCGUGGAGAUGAAGGAAGCUGCCUUGGAAGAGGGAAGUGGAGGAGAAGAAGGUUCUCUGGAUGAUGACUAUGGAGGAAAGGAGGAAAAAUCAGACAAAGAGAUGCAAGAAGAACCAGAUGAAGAGUCUCAGUGUUUGAGUGACGACACUGAUACAGAGAUCUCCACGCAGGACGCAUGGCAGUGCACCGAGUGCAGGAAAUACAACACACCGCUGCAGCGCUACUGCGUUCGCUGUUGGGCUCUCCGAAAAAACUGGUACAAAGACGUUCCCCGGCUGGCUCACUCUCUCUCUGUCCCAGACAUCCCAGCCUGUAGCCUUCUCUCUGCCCACGACGAAGAAGACGACAGCGACGCCGGCAUCGACGUCCCAGACUGCAGCAGAACGGUGUCUGACCCCGUCAUCCUGCCCUCCCACUCCACAGCUGACCGACCCAUUCCCACAGCAGGUAUGGGCAAAGGCAAAGGGCCGAUGCCUUCUGGCUUCCACCGGGAGGCUCAGCUCUCAGAGGGGGAAAGCCAGGAAAGCCUGGGCAUGGAGGUCCAGGAUGUUCGGCCGGAGGCGCUGCGGGAGCCCUGCAAGCUGUGUCGAGUGCGUCCUCGUAACGGAAACAUUAUCCACGGGCGAACGGCUCACCUGCUCACUUGUUUCCCAUGUGCACGGAGGCUGCAUAAGUUUCAGGCUCCUUGUCCAGGGUGUGGGAAGAUUAUUCAGAAUGUUAUUAAGAUAUUUAUCCUCUAAAGAGCAGAUGAAGGGAUCUGUAGGGUUUAGGGACCUAAAUAGAAACACAACACACAGAUAAACACAUUAACCGUUCUCAUCUGCAAAAAUCAACCAAAAUAUCCCAAAAACGACAGUUGAUAAAGCUUGCCCUUCAUUUCUGGGUUUAUUCUGCCUCUAAGGUAUUGUAACGAAAAGGUUUGUAACUAAUAUGUUCUUUGCUAUUUCAUUUAAAUGAGGGACAAGGCAGAGUUAUUUAUUUAUUUAUUGUUGUACACUCAUAUUUGGCAAUUUGAGGUUUUAUUUGAUCUUAUGAAGGUUUUUUUAUUUUUAUUUUUUUGUACGGCUCCAUAAUUAUUCCUAACCUCAUCCCUUUACACCAAGCUUUAGGAGUUGGAUUAGUUAAAAAGUUAUCUUCUGGAUUAAUUGGAUCCUUUUUUUAUUUUAAUAGUUCUGUGAAAAAUUAUCCUAUAAGAAGUUUGAGCCAAAGCAGGUCAGAGUAUCCGUUUGACCUGCUUCUCAUUUACCUAAGCUUUAUUUUAAAAUUUAUCGCCAGCCUCAUAAAAAUAAUAAACAAAAGCAUUUGUAAUAGAUGGAUGUUGGCUUAUAUGUUGUUCCAGAUAUAGUAAAUCUAAUGAAUAGAGCAACUGUAACGUUUUGCUUGGUACAAGUUUUAGUUUAGUGUUUCAAUCUGUUCAUGUGUUUAACACUCAUGCUUGCAGUAGGUAACCCCCCCCCCUCCAAUUUAUUUACCUUCUGGACUUAAAAUAAUUUGUAUUUAAGUUAUUUAUGGUGCUUCUUUUGUAAACAUCUGUUCUGAAGCAGAGAAAGUUGCACUUGUGAUAGCAUCCUCGUGUCCGAUCUCUAAAGAUGUACUUACAAGAGUUUGAUUUAAGCGUUACACUGCCACGUAAUGACUUUCCAUUUGAUUUGUAUAUAGUAGAUUUUUUUUCUUUAAUUUUCUGACCUCAAUAAUAGUUCUUUUCAGUGUGCUCUAUGGAAAAUGCUUCCUCUCUGAUUUGCACAACUAAAGCUCUCCUUGAAUGUACUAAAUGUUUUCUUUUCCAUCUGCAUUUUUCCUUGCCUUUAAUCUUUCUGCCAGUAGGUGGAGAGGGUUCUUUCUUGUAGCUGCUUCCUGCAGUAACCUGUUUAGUGCAUGCUGUUUGCCGUGGCUUGAGCCUUGUGCAGAAAUGGUUCAAAGCAUAUAGGAGCAAAGAAGAUGUAAACUUUGGAAUAAAGCUUUUUGCAUUUCUCACCAUCAAGCAUUAAGGUGAAAUAAGGUUAGAUGCUGACAGAGGUGAUCAUUUCUGAGAAGAUUUAAAGUAUUUGAUGUACAAUUCUCUUUUGAUUGUUACAGAAUUAAUGUUUUGUUAAACAAUAAAGAUUUAAAAGGUUAAA